UUUUUUUAAUACAGAUUUGGUCCACCGGCAACGUUACCUAUGCUUCUGUUUUUAGGCUAGAAGCCAGGUGCAUCACCGUAUUUCAUGUAGACUGCAACAGACGUCUGGACAAGCAACCCACGGCAGGACCCGUGUGAGGAUAAAGAGGCAAGAGGAGAGGUCACAACAACGAAGGGACUUUGCUCGAAAUGGAGCAAUGUGUCUUGAGGUGUUCCUGUUCAGUGUAAACUACAAAAAGGAAGCAACCACGAGUACGGAGGAACGAUUGGCAGACGAGGGAGGUGGUGGUGGAGUGGUGACUUUGUUGUCCAAAAAAAAGGUGUUAUGGGUGGGGGGGCAUUUGGGAUGGCAAAUGGAAAUGAGAGCAGUGAAGGGCCUGUGGGGCCAAUGGCAGCAGUGGUGGCUACUGCAGAAGGCAUGGUAGCAGACAGUUCAUCCUCCGUUAUCUCUACGUAUAUUAAACUGGUGCUACUUGGGCUGAUCAUAUGCAUUAGUCUGGUGGGGAACUUGGUGGUUUCUCUGCUUGUACUCCGGGACCAGGCUCUGCAUAAGGCACCUUACUAUUUCCUCCUGGAUCUGUGCCUGGCAGACAGCAUUCGCUCAGCUAUCUGCUUCCCCUUUGUGCUGGUGUCUAUAAAAAAUGGCUCAGCGUGGACCUACAGUGUGCUCAGCUGCAAGGUGGUAGCCUUCAUGGCAGUGCUCUUCUGCUUCCAUGCUGCCUUCAUGCUCUUCUGCAUCAGUGUAACACGCUACAUGGCCAUUGCACACCACCGUUUUUACUCGAAGCGCAUGACAUUCUGGACAUGUGUGGCGGUAGUAUGCAUGGUAUGGACCCUAUCUGUGGCAAUGGCAUUCCCGCCUGUUUUUGAUGUGGGCACCUAUAAAUUCAUUCGUGAGGAGGACCAGUGCAUUUUUGAGCAUCGCUACUUCAAGGCUAAUGACACACUGGGCUUCAUGCUAAUGCUUGCUGUACUCAUUCUAGCCACACAUGUCGUCUACAUGAAGUUACUUCUCUUUGAGUACAAGCACCGCAAGAUGAAGCCAGUCCAGAUGGUGCCAGCUAUCAGUCAGAAUUGGACCUUUCAUGGGCCAGGAGCUACAGGCCAAGCAGCUGCUAACUGGAUUGCGGGUUUUGGUAGGGGCCCGAUGCCACCCACUCUGCUCGGAAUACGGCAAAACUUGCACAACCAGAACCGGCGACUCUUAGGCAUGGAGGAGUUUAAAGCAGAGAAGCAGCUUGGCAGGAUGUUCUAUGUGAUCACAUUACUGUUCCUGGUGCUCUGGUCUCCCUACAUAGUAGCUUGCUACUGGAGGGUGUUUGUCAAGGCUUGCACAAUACCACACCGGUACCUCUCCACCACUGUGUGGAUGAGUUUUGCCCAAGCAGGGGUCAAUCCUAUCGUCUGCUUCUUCCUUAAUAAAGACUUGAAGAAAGGGCUCCUUUCCCACCUACCAGCCUGCUGCAGGACUAAACCUCAUCUGCCACGAGAGCCUUACUGUGUCAUGUAACUAGAGAUGAUGAAGAAAAAAAACAAUGGGCAGCCUACAGAUGUAUUGUAUAUUGUGCUUGAGUUAUUGUGGCAUUUGAUGCAAUGGAAGGUAUUUUUAAGCAGUGAGUGGCAACUUGUGAGUGUAGUGUUAAAACACUGGAAUGGUAAGCAUGUAUUUCCAUCUGUCAACCAAUUUUCACUCUAAAUUCAACAGCAUACAUGAGGUCAGAUCUUGACUUUUGAUAACAGGAGAAACAUACAUGUAAAUAAUAUGCAGUCACUGGGAAAACCAAGACAGACAAAUAAACUAAGCUUAAGAUUUUAAAAAAAUGCCAUUUAGAAAAGUCUUGAAUACAAAGGAUGUUGGGCUUGUGACAAACAGAAUCCUAAAGGACGUAAUAAAUCCGCUUUUAGUCGGAAUCUUAAUGUCAUCAUUAUACUGGAAUAACUGAUGAUUGUCCAGCAGCAGUGGCUGAUGAGAGUAAAAAAGUGCUCAGCUAGAUUCAAACCAGCAUUCGUGUUGACUCACCAGUUUUAUUAGAAUGUCAGUUUUAGUUCACAACAACAUAAAGUUUCCAGAAAUACAAACGUUAGUUCAAGAAAAGAUGUGGAAGGUUGUUUAAUGCAUUUAGCUGGUGAUUACAUUGUUGCUGAGUCAUAUUAAUCAAGUAUCAACAGGUCAUUUAUGAUCAAAUGGAGGUACAGUGGACCCCACAAACACCUUUUAGUGCCCCUGUAGUGGUACGGUACAUGGCACCGUUCACAACUGAAACAUUUUAGAUUGACUUAAAAACAUGAAUAAAUAACAAACUGAGACUGGAGAAACCAAGAAUUGUUAUCCAAUCCUCACAACAAAAUGCCGUCACAUUAUAGGGUGUCGAUGUGUUUUCAAGUUUCAGUUUUGUGAUUUAACCAUCAGUGAGGACGCAUAAAGAUGACGAGGGUGUGCUGUUGAACACAGAUUUUAGCAGGACUUGUAAAAGUCAGAAUAAAGGGAGCUGCAGAAACAUGCUAACAGACUAAAAACCAAAGUAAAACAGGCGCUGCAGAGUAAAUGUACCGUAAAGAAUUGAUGCAGAAUCUCAAAGCAGACAGAAGGAUUUUCUUUCCUCAAACACACUGUUUGUUUGCUAGUCACUAAAGCAAACCUUCAAUCUGUGUUGCCUAAAACAUAUUCUCGUUGUUGCUCAUUAGCUCAACAGAAAAUGUGCAGUAGGGGAUGCUUUUCAAGCUUUGAACAUUUGCAGAUAGAACAAUUAUUUGUUUUUUCAUGUUUUGUUUUUUCCUAAGGACAAAUCUGAAGUUACAUCUGCAUCUGUUACUUGAGCAGCUUCACCUUCAUUUUAAAGCAGAAAGACGAUUAGCUUUACCAGGCGUAGCAACCCAGGAUUUUUUAACCCUCAAGCGACCAAGCCAUUUCAGUUGGUAUUCUAAUGACCGAGUGUGCUAUCAGGAAUACUUUUUUAUGAUUUGUUUGUGUAUUUCACACUACUACUGUUUCCUUUAUCCAUGUUAGAUAUUCUGAAAUGCUCUGUUGUCAUCAAGUAUUGUUUUCAACCAUUUUUAUGCAAAAAAGAUUUAAAAUACAUGUUGUACAAACAAAAUGACAUUUAAACAGUCCUUGUCUGUUAUUUCUUAAAAUACAUACAUGAAAUAAUUUUUUGGUUUCAGUGAUGUUAGAAAAAUAAUAAUAAUAUGGAAGUGAAGGAUGUUUAAGCUAUAUGAACUAUGUGAAUGAUGCUUUACAAUAUAGUAAAAUAAUUUCAAUGCCAUAAUUCUUGUGAUCAGUGACAAAUUACAGUGCAGAAGUUGGCAUUAAGGAUAUCUAUUUAUUGUUUGGUUUUAGUUUGACACAAAAUGUGGGGGAUUCUUUAUGAUCUGAAUUAUUAGCUCAUCUGGAUAAGUGUCUGCUGUUAGUAGCCAAUUUAUUGCUCCUAGGUGGGUCUGUCCUGAGAGUACACCCUGAAUAGAUCUAACCACUUUAGCCUAGUGGCCAGCGUUUCGAGCCGUUGUUUGGUAGUUUGGACAGAUUUUUUUUUUUUUUUUUUACUUCUUAUCCAUUCAGGACGUGUCUCUCAUGACACCCUUCUGCACCGCUGUUGACCAACUUAUUGAUGCGCUCAUUUCUAAUCCUGUCCACCCUGCUCACUCUCAGUGAAGAUCUGAACAUAUUCAACUCUGCCACCUCCAGCUCAGUGCCUCUGUCUCCAAACCACCACAGCAGGCCUCAACAGCAUCUUGUAAACUUUCCUUUCACUCUUGCUCCUAUCUUAUGUCACAAAUCACCCCUGACACUCAUCUUGGAACAUCCUGCCUGCUUUCUCUUCUUCACCUCUCUUUUGCACUCUCUGUUGCUUUGGAUGGUUGAUGCUAGAAAAUAAACUCAUCUACCUUAACUACCUCUGUUCUUGUUCACCUUCCCACCCGUCUCACUUUCAUUCCUCAUACCUGCUCCCCACUGUCACUACAGAUCAGCGUUAUCUGCAAAUAUCAUACUUCACACAGACUCCUGCCUGAGCUCAGCUGUCAGCCUGUCCAUCACCACUGCAAACAGGAAGGGGCUCAGUGCAGAUCCCUGAUGUAAUCCCAGCCCCACCUUUAUCUGUCACUCCUACUGCACACCUCACCACUAUCUCACUGUCCCCAUUUCCUGCACCACCCUCACAUACUUGUCUACUACUCCUGAUUUCCUCACGCAGUACCACAGUUCUGCUUUUGGUACCCCAUCAUCUGCUUUCUCUGAACAACAAAGACACUCUGAAGCUCCUUCUGACCUUCUCCUGUCUGACUUCUCUAUCAACACUCACAUUGCAUCUGUAGUGCUCUUUCUCAGCAUGAAGCCAUACUGCUGUCACCUCCAGCAGUUCUGUCCUAAAUCAUCAUGGUAUGGCCCAAAAGCUUGGUCUCUCUGUAAUUACUACGGCUCUGCACUUCACUCUUGUUCUUGAAAAUCACUACCAGUACUCUUCUUCACUCUUCUCUCACUUCUUUCCUCCUCUCUGAGAUUCUUUAUUCAUCAGCUCCUCAAAGUACUCCUUCCAUCUUUUCAGCUGACUCUUUUCACUCAUUUCGUCAUUCCUCUGUGUUGUGUUCCUCACAUACAACUCACUAUAAACCUUUUUCUUUGCUUUUGCUCUCUCUUUAUCGUAUGCCUAGGCUCCAAUACUCCUGUCUAGUUUUUAAAUCUCCCUGACUAUCACACUUUUUAUUUGCCAACCUCUUCCUUUGAAUAAUUUACUGUACUUGCUCUUUGCAUCACCAAGUCUCCUUGUCCUCUUUCCUCUGUCCAGAGGUUCCAUCAAACACCUCUGCAGUUUCCCUCACCACUUCAGCUGUACUUUUGUAGUUAUCACCAUUCCACCUGAUCUUCUGCACACACAAUAUAUCUACCUUCCUUCUCUUCAUCAUAUCAGCCAACUCUCUCCCAUUACCAGUUCUAUUCCCUACAUUUAGAGUAACAAUAAUACAUUUUAUUCAUAGGCUCUUGUCAAGACAUUCAUUGAGACCUUAAAAACCAUUAAAUACCAAAGUCACAGUAGAGUCCCUACUCUCUCCACAUUCCUGCCUAUCCUUCUUUCCUGCUGCCCAAAACCAGCUCGAUGGGGUUUAAGUCUGGAGACUGUGCUGGACUCCAUGUUUUCA